GGGCCUGUUGGUGUGGCAGACAACAACACAAUUCCAGAUGCCAGAAUGACAGCAAGCAGUGUGUUUCCUCUGAGUGAUGAUUUUUAUGCUUCAUACCUCGGCCGACUGAAUGAAACCAGGGGACGAGGAGGGUGGUGUCCUAAGACUAAAUUUAAUAGAACCGACUACCUUCAAGUAGAUAUGGGAUCAGUGCUGUCUGUUUGUGCUGUGGCUACUCAAGGAGGAGAGGUACUUUCGGAAUGGACUACCAGCUAUAAACUGCGCCUAUCCAUUGACGGUUUAACUUGGAACACCUACGGGGAGACGAAUACAACAAAGGUGUUUCAAGGGAACUCAGAUCAAACAAGCAUCGUGAAGAAUUCACUUAGAACUGACUUCAAAGCAAGAUACGUUCGGUUUUAUCCUGUCUCAUACCACUGGUGGCCUUGUUUAAGGGUUGAAAUAUAUGUGUUUAAGUAAUACAUUUAAGAUGUCCACUGGAAAAAAACACAUAAUUUACAGUAGGAAAAUAAAAAUUACCAAACAAACUAAAAAACUUUUUUUAACAAUCUAACCACUACACCCCUUUCGCCGCAGUAUAAUAAAACAGUUAUACAUGAUAAACGUAAAGUUGAAAAGGUAUUCUAGAUCUGUUCUGAAAGUUGUGUUUAGUCACUGUCGCUUAUUCAUUCUGCGUUAUGGU